UCCAACGUAAUUUCUUGGGUUGGGCACGCCUUUCUUUCCAGUCGAUGACCCCCCCUCAAUUUCCACACCAUUGGGUCAAACGCGAUCAAAUUUGACAGCGACGUUGUGCUCAUCUAGGCGAACCUCAGAGCCUGUUUUUCCCCCCUUUGAUCCAACUGUAUUGCCGAACUGUAGCUCAGAGGGUGUAGAAAAUGGCCUGUAACGAGCUUGAUCGCGGGCAUCCUGGGCUUGCGGGCAUCCUCCUGGCCAACGUGGGCAUCUUCCUAGGCUUGCGGGCAUCCUCCUGGCCAACGCGGGCAUCUUCCUGGGUUCGCGGGCAUCCUGGCCAACGCGUGGGCAUCUUCCUAGGUUCGCAGGCAUCUUCAGCUUGCCAAUUCACCUCGAUUUGAUGGCGUUGUGGCCGUCGGCGCAAUUCGCCCUGCUUGUUGCGUGCCCUGAUCGGGUCAAAUCGCGAAUUUUGACCUCAGACCAGUAUGGGCUCAAAUUGCAAUGGGCGCUCUGAUUGGCUGUAGGCAGUGUAGUGGGGCAGUGUUGCAGGCUAAGCCGGUUUGAGGCCCGCGCAGUGAGCCAAUUCAGCCCAAUACUGGUCU